GUAUGCGGUACUUUGAACAGUGCAGACAUAUUGAUUGUGCUUUAAUCGCGUCGUUUGUAGUGUGGUUUAUUUCUUUUUGUUUUGAUUAGCCGGUUCGUUGUUCAAUCGUACGUUGCAGUUAUUCCGGUAAUCGACUUGGCAGAUACUUUUUGGAGUCAUAUCAGCUAAGCCAACGGGAGAGGUGUUUCAAGAUCAGCGUGAAACUAGUAACCAGUUCUGUUAUAGCUGCAGGCGUUGUGCUUAGAUUGACUGGUCGCUUGCAUCAUGCCCGAGAUAGCAGUACUGCAGCCUUCGUCACAGCUGCCGGCUACCGACAGCAGCGCGAGCACGCUGAAGUGUAAAUCAUUAGCGGAAACAUCAGUAGGGCAGCAUCCAACGCCACUGUUCGUAGAUGAUGAGAAAAAAACUGCUAAGAUCAAUGAGUUGCGAGAGCUGGUUGAAAAUUGCGAUGACUUUGUACGGCGCAGUGAUGAUCUCUUUCUCAGCCGAUUCUUGAUUUGUUGUGAUUGGGAUGUCCAGGAAGCGUUCCAACGAAUGGGUAAACUGUUCAAAUUGAAGCAUGACCAUCCGGAAUGGUUCAUCAAUGAACCGUUGAGCAGCUACAAGCACAUCCUGAAGCGAAACGUUAAAUUCGUUCUGGACAAGCGGGACAAAAAUGGACGGCGUAUCUUUGUCACCAAAAUGUGUCGGAUGGAUAUAAACGAAUCGCCCGCAACGGAUUUGGCCCACCUGGAUGAGCUGUGGUGUGAGUUCAUGCUGAACGAUCUCGAAACGCAGCAAAAUGGUAUUUCCUGUCUACUCGAUAUGAGUGGAUUUUCGAUCAAAAGUUUGCGCUAUCUCACUCCUUCCAACAUCAAAAUCGGCACCCAAAAAGCGGACCUGAUGCCGGUGAAGCAUAUGGAGUUUCAUGUUGUCAACUCGUCAGCUUUUUUGAACACUGCAAUAGCAAUUUUGUACCCGGUGCUCAGUAAGCAAAUUAAGGAUAAAGUUCAUUUUCAUUACUCCGAUUGGGAUUCGCUGCAUGCUUGUCUGGGCAAGGAGGCCCUACCAGCGCAGUAUGGUGGAACGAAUGGAACGGAUUUCGAUUACGAUGCUUUGAACAAGCAGUUGUUGGAUUUGGAAGAUCAUUAUAGUAAUCUAGUUAAGUUUGGCUAUGAAUUGAAACCGCAUGUAGAUGCGAGUAAAUAUAAAAAGUUUUUCCAUAGCAUUGAUGGCGCCAAGCAUAAUAAGAGUAAGCACAGAAAAAGUCUAUUAGAGAGUGAAUUAGUUGAAGAAUAAAUUUUAUUUGUUGAAUGUUAUGUUAAGAGUGUAUUCGAAUAAUAAAUGUUU